AUGGCGGCCAAGACCAAAUUUUACAAUCUGCUCUGGCGCGUCGGAGUCGGAGUCUGUAUUAUCGUUCUACUCGCGAACUUCCGACUCCAUAGCGAUCCUCCAUCAAAUAUCGAGCACACAUUAUCCCAUAUCUCGACAAAUCAAGAUACGCAGCAAGCGACCGUCAACUCUCUCCAGGCAUCUUCACUAUCAACAACGAGUACUACCAUUUCAAGCGUGCCUGGCACAAUCCCCGGCAUUCCGGGCAAGGUGUGGCAGUCAGCGAAAGACCGCAAUUUCACCAAUGACCAACAAACUAUCAUUGAUAGCUGGCUGCAGAAGAAUCCUAACUUCCGGUACGAGCUCCUGACCGACCAGUCCGCCGAGAAUUACGUUAUAGCGCGUUAUAACGAGUCACGCCCCGAUAUCGUCGCCUUAUACCUGGCACUGCCCAUUGCCAUUCUCAGAGCAGACUUGCUGCGCUAUCUGAUCUUGCUGUCUGAGGGGGGAAUUUGGAGUGAUAUCGAUGUUACCUGUGAGGUAGGCGUCGGUCACUGGCUGCCUGCUGAGAUAUAUCACACCGCACCGAACAUCAGCUUGAUAGUUGGCCUCGAGUUCGAUAUCCCAUCCGACGAGGCUCGCCCUGUUUACUCGCAACUAACGAAUUGGGUAUUUGCUGCUCGACCAGGCUCGUCGCACCUAUUGUAUGUCGUCAAUUCCGUCGUCAAAGAGCUAUAUAAUAUCGCUACAGAGAACGGCGUCCCACCGAGCGGUAUGGGGGAAAAGCUGAGUCGAAUGGUGGACGACCGGGAUAUUGCUGGUAUAAAGAAGCCGCGCUUUGUGGGCGACGUGCUAGUCAUGCCAGGCGCUGCGUUUGCUGCGUUACAGAAUGGAUUUCCCCAGGAUCAAGUGGAGCCACUUGUGAGCCAUCAUUAUGCCGGCUCGUGGAAAGGUCCGGCGGAUGAAGCAAGGGAGAAGCGCAAAAAGAACAAAGGAGAAGAGCGGAAGAAGGUGGAAUAG